GUUUCGUGUUUACUCAACAAAUUACCAAUCAGAAAGAAAGAUACAGUCACGUGGUUUAGUGAAUCGUAUAUCGCAUAAGAAUAUGUCGUACAGGAGGAUGUUAUUAUAUUUGUAGUCAAAAAUAUUAAAACUUUUUUUAUGAACAAAUUGAAAGCUUAUAAAAAUGGAAUCUAGCAAGUCAGAAUCAACGCCAAAACAAGCUAUGGUAUAUAUUUGUGGAGAAUGCCAUCAUGAUAAUGAAAUACGACCAAGAGAUCCUAUUCGAUGCAGAGAAUGUGGAUAUAGAAUCAUGUACAAAAAACGAACUAAAAGACUUGUUGUAUUUGAUGCACGAUAAAUGUAAGGAUUAAAUAGUUUUUAAUAAAAUAAUACACACAAUUAUAGUAAA